CUUGGUUGGGUGCCCAGAGCUUCAACUCGCGCUGCGCAGAAAACCCCAGUCGAUGCCGAGCAGAAGAUUUUCGAGCUUUUUGUGCGCUUGUCCCUCAUGGUUCGCGAUUCGGGCGUGCGGCACCCCGAUCUACUCGUCAAUUUCGAUCAAACCCAAGUCGUCAUGGCCGAUAACACUGCCAACACGUUUGAGGUCAGGGGUGCGAAGCAGGUGUCCGUUCUCGGGAAGGAGGAAAAGCGUGCGUUCACAGCCGUCGUCGGUGUCUCAGCGUCGGGAGAUCUCCUCCCGAUGCAAUUCAUCUUCAAGGGUGGAUCUCACCGAUCCCUCCCCUCCUCGCAUGCUCCCUCUAUGGAUGAAGCCACCCGCUUGGGCUUCGUCUAUUCUUGGAACUCGGCCAAUUAUUGGUCGAGUCUCCCUACGAUGGCCGAGUACAUGGAGAGGAUCGUUGUCCCUCACUUCGCCCGCGCAAAGCAGCUACACGGCUAUGCUGAUGAUCAAGAUUGCGCCGUCAUACUCGACUGCUGGUCGGUUCAUCGCAGCGAGGCUUUUCGGCAGCUCGUUCGUGGCCGAUGGCCGUGGAUCCGCCUUCUCUUCAUACCAGGUGGGACAACC